AACAGAUGAGUUUGAUAUUUAUAUAGACAAAUAUUUCCUCACACAUACCUGCUUACAUGUGCUAAAAUGUUGCAUAUAAGUGAUCCAUGUUGAAUUAAAUGCAGUGAUGGCGACUGACUGAAGUUACUCUUUCACAUCUUUCUAUCCAUACUGAUGUUGAUGGUGAUUGAUGUUUUUGUAAUGCUGCAAGUCUUUUCUUGCUCUAUUACUGUAUUUUCUCUAUAUUGCUUGUGUGCAUAGACGCAAGGAACAUGCAUAGGUGCAUAGCCCUGAUACUUUUGCUGUUGGGACAAUCCAAGUUUUGCUUACCUAACUCAUUUUAUAUAUAAAACCCUAUUCAGCUAGUUACUUAACUUGCAAACUGUGUGAAUGGAGAAAAAUACCUUACUGUACCGUUACUCUACUAGACACUAGCUGUGGUUGCAUGGACAAUAUUUAUUCUAAUCAUACUGAUCAGAGAUGCCAGCUUACUGUAGGUGUUUACAUGGACACUAUAUAGAGUGUGAAGCGUGUAGUUAUUUAGACAAAAUCACCGCUUUUAUAUGUGCUUUAUGAGCAAUAGCUCUGUACCAACCAUGUAGCAUCACUUGGGUGAAACGUGGUCCUCCAACAACAGGCCGACUGAUUAUAAAAGCUGAUUUUUUAUUGUUGUAGUACUUCCUCCAUGGGAUUUACACCAAACUUAUGUAUAAUUCUUUGUGUUUAGUAAACUUAUUUAUUUAUUUAUUUAUUUGAGAGGGACAGUACACAUUAAUGAACAUCAGUAUGUGAGUCGGAGUUAGCAAGCCUGCUAAUUUACAUCCGUAGUCCCUUGGCAGGUAAUAGACAGGCAGACACAUAGGAGGUAGACGAGAAAAGAAAAGAAGGAAUAUAAUAAUAACAGUACACAAGGAGUUCACAUUAAAAUACCCAUUCAUACAUAGACAUAAAGUGCAGUGUGAAUUCCAUCAAGUGCCAGGUGUAAAGUGCCAGUUGUUAAAGUGCAAGUGCAUGGAUAGUUAAAUAGAUCCACAUGUGGGGGCCCACACCUGCCACUUAGAGUGGACCAAGACAUCGGAUACUUAGCAGCAGAUGAAAAGUCCCAUUCACAAAUUAAGUACACAAAGAUAAUACAUCACAGUACAGUUAAGUGGAGUGCAUGCCUACAUACGUAUAUGUAGGCAUGCACUGCACAACAACAGUAACAACAACAAAGACAGUGGAAAGUAUGGCGGACAGUCACAGAGCAUGGUACAUACGUAUAUGUAUCGCAAUCUGUGAGAGGUCUGCCUAGCCAUAAUAACAGUGUUGGUUUGUGUUGAGCCAGUUUUUUUGAGGUGGGCCUUAAAGGUGCUGAAGGUAGGGCAUUCUCUUAUUGUACAUGGUAUGUUGUUCCAGAUGUUACUGCCCUUUACCGACAUAACAGAUUGUCCAAAAGUCGUGUGUCUGUAAGGUACUUCACAAUCUCCCCUGGAAUUGGCUCUGGUGGUUCUGCCACUGCUAACUUUAAGUUUUAUAUAUUCUUUUAACGGAGGAGGUGCAAGUCUAUUGAGUGAUUGUAAAUAAUGCAGGCAUACUUAAAAACUUUUAAGAUUUUAAAACGCAAGAGGUUGUACUUCUCAAGGAUAUGGCAGUGGUCUUACAGUGGUGUUGUUAUAUUAUAUAUUAGCAGUGUUUCUGUCCUGCCAAGAAACUCAUCACCUAAUGCUAUCCCCAUAAACAUGCCCACAAAGAAUAUAUUUAUUCCAACCAGAGAGAAUGCAGCUACUGACAAAACUAUGCGCAUUCUAAGCAAAAAAACUCCUCUCCUUAAAACCUGCACAUGCUGCGAACAGAAGGUGCUUACCGAUGAGAAAGUGAUAUGGCGUUGCAAUGCGGUGAGUCACUGUUGUGUGCUGAGGCUUAGCCUUUUUGCUCACUGUACUUUUGCAGAAUUAACUAUAAUAUGUCACAGCCUGGUGUUGCAUUUCCUUUAUGUAAGCACUGUAAGGUUAGCUGUUAUUGACUGUUGGAGCUGGAUUGGGAGAGAGAGAGAAGCUGAAUGAGUGAUGCAGUGGGACAACACAUCAUUAUCAAGAUGUGAAGAAUGGUUCACUUACUACGUUUUUCUUUUUUGUUUUUUUUCACAGACUUAUUCAAAGUUCAAACUGGAUUUAAAGGGGCCGCUCUAUUAUUGAUACUUUGUGAAUCGCAUUCAUGGCUCAAGGCAGUUACAUCUUAAGAAAUCUGCCAGGUCAAAGCACUGAAGACUGCAUUCAUAACUAUUUGGGGAUUAACAGUUAUCAGCCAGACGAGGACUACCGCAAGUGUCUGGACCGUUUUCAACACGGCACCACCAUUAAGCGGCUAAGCCUUAAGAGGAGGCCCAGAGUGGCCAUAAAUAAUGGGGAAAAAACACAGAGUGGCAUUUCAUCCAGCCAUUCUGCAGAAUCCUUGUCAUCAUCUAGCAGUGAUGACACAAGACUGCUUGGCAUGUCUUCUACAACCAGAGGUCGACCUCCGCUUCCUCCACCACACGGUUCAUCAUUGGAAAGCAAACCCUCCAGGAAUGAGGGACCAGCAAUGUCUCACAUGCUUAAUGAGUCGAAGCCACAGCCUGCUGCAAGAACUCUUACUUUACAAAGACAAAUCCCCGUGGUGGAAAAGACCAUUGGGGAGACCCACAAACACUUGGAUCAGGAGGUGACGAACCAGCCUCCACCACAGCCCCAACCCCGUCGACGACUGGCCAGCUUUGGAGGGGUGAGCUCCCCUGGGUCACUGUCCCCCUUCACUGGCCUUAGUGCAUAUAAUCAGAACAACAACGGGAACAAGCCUACUGGCACAGGAGGCGAUAUGCAUGUCCACCUUAGCUCGUCCCUGGGCAGUAGAGGCAGCACAGGAUGCCUUAGGCUAAGUCCACAGACCUCUGGUAGAACCACCCUGGUUACAAGUCUUGGCCCCAUGCACCUGCAACAUGUCCGUGACCAGAUGGUAGUAGCUCUGCAGAGGCUGAAGGAGCUUGAGGAGCAGGUGAAAAUCAUCCCUAUCCUCCAGGUAAAAAUCUCAGUCCUUCAGGAGGAAAAGAGGCAACUGGUGUCUCAGCUCAAGAACCAGAGUGACAAUGAGGACACAAAUGAUGUGAUCUGGAAGAGAGCAUGUAGCAUUGAAAGGUCUGACAUUGGGAACAGGGUGAAUACCGAGGAAGGACUUGAGGACAUAGUGAGAAGUGGCUGCACCGACCUUAGGGAGUUCAGGAAACUGACUGAAGAGAUGCAGGCAUCGGAAAGAGCCAUCAAGGGUGGACAUCUGCAAGCAUGGCAUGGAAAAGGCCAUAGCCCUCUGCAUGGCAAGGCUAUCAAGUCAGUUGCAGUUGGAACUGAUAAAGAUAUAGCUAUCACCUUGUCUAAACCCCUGAAAGAAAGCAAAUAUGUAAAUACAGAUCAAGUAGAGAUGAGGUCCAUUGCAACAGAAGUCUCUGAAGUUAAUCUUGGACUUUACACAGAACGGGAAGCAGAGCUUGAUGCCCAACAGCAAAUAAUUGGUGCCUUGAAGGAGAGAAUUUGUCACUUAGAAGCAGAGUUGAAAGAAUCAGCUCUCCAGACAGAGAUGAGCCGUCUGAAACUGGAGCUUCAGGCUGCAGGAGCUAGGAACCGAGCUGAUAAAACCUCCUUAGCUAAGCCAUCCACUGUGAGCACAGGCGUCGAGGCGAGACCUCACACCACAAGCCAGGGUGUGGGUAAUCACACAGAGCUCCAAGAUGCCAGCACAGGGGAGGCGACAGAGAUGAAGACUGUGGGAGUAUCUUGUUGUAGUCCUGAGCUGAAGGAUGUUUGCACAGGACCAGAUGUACCCAUGAGCCACUGGGAGGUCAGGGAGCGAGUGGAGACCAUGGAAAAGGGUGUGGGGAUCCACAUUUUUACCAACACACAAGGAGUUGGAAUGGAGGUAAAGUUAUGUGAUGCAGAAACUAACACAGAGGUGCCAGUAGAGAAUCUGGGCUCUAAGAAAGGAAAGAUAAAGUACAAUUCUGUGGCUUGUGGGGACUGUUCUGUUGAUGUGAUCAUCUAUGAUGCAAAGGAAGUGGUUUCUCAAGGUAUUGCCACCGAUCAAGUCAGAGGAGUGGAUCUGGGAAUCAUGGCAUCACCCAAGACAGCUUCUCAGCGUACCAACACUGUAUCCAGUUCAGUGUCCCGCUUUACCAACACCAGAAAUACCUUCAACGCGGACUCCAGCACUAAUACUGUCCUAAGUACCAAAGACAAGCACACCAACACCAUUCAGACUGUUACUCGGACAGUGUCAGUAGGCAACAGUGUCAAAGAUAUGAAAUGUUCCCCAGAGACCUGCACAAUUGGUGUAGGAACUGCAAAUCCCCUUGGAAGUCCCUUAAAACAAACACCAGGGACAGUCACCAAGGUAACCAGAGACACUGGUGUUGGAUUCACAAACAUUAAUGACAAUUUCCUGGUUGGAAUGAAAACCCGAAAUAUGGCCUCUGGACCAUCCCAUAUACCUGACCCCAUCAAGACGAGAAGCAUCGGUGUAGGAGAGGGGAGGAUACGGGAUUUGUCAGUUUCAUCCAGUAAGCCGGGCCACAUGUCCCAGCAGUCUUCACAGUCCCAGUGGGACCCCGAGCUGAACCAUUACAUAGAGAAGAUGCACAGGCUCCUCAAGGAGCAUGGGGACCUGCUCACAGAGGACUGCACUCACCAGAGAGAUACGUUUGUCCAGCAGCAUGGUGUGCGAGGGAGUGCCAGCUGCAAGCUGCCCUGCAAUUACCAAGCUGCAGCACAAGGAGUCCAUCCUGUAGAUUCUCAGCCACCAGUCAGCAGAGAGUUUCAGCCCCCAUCUCAACUUUCAGUUGAUUCUUCUAAGUGUGACAAAGCAAACCAAGGAAUCUGCCAACAGGGUGGCAGUGAUUCAGAGGUCAAAAGAAUGAUACAGAUGUUAGAACAACAGGCAUCCUCAGCUCUGCAAGACAGGUCAACUCAUGCCAGUGUGCUGCGAUCUGUAAUGAAGAAACAGAAUGGUGACCAAGGCUGUAGCAGCAACAGGAAGAGCAUGAAGUUCAUGAGGGUGACCACGGGAUUGGACCCCUUGUCAUCGUACGAGCUCUCUGCAGCUGAGAAGGUGAGCUCUGAGGAGGGAGAAAGAAGAGGAAGCAAAAAACUAAAGGAAACUGCUCAAGAUGGAACACAAGCAAGAAGGUUCAAAGGUGGCUCCAACAAGGCGUCGAAAGGGUCUGCAAAAUCACAUACACAACAGAGGUGUAAGUUAAGUGAAAAGAUGUUUUCUGCCUGUCAAGCCUUAAAGAUGCAGCUGAGCGAUGACACGGCUUUAUCCAGCAGGGACUUGCAUGACUGUCUACAAACGCUCCAGCAAGAAUGGUUCUCUGUGUCCAGCCACAAGUCAGCUGCUCUUGACACACUGGACGACUACCUGUCCACGUUUAGGGCGAUUUCACCCUCAGUCUUGCAACAUAUAGCUAAUAUGGCCGACGGCAACGGAAACACGGCUCUGCACUACAGCGUGUCGCACUCCAACUUUGGCGUUGUGAAGAAGCUGCUUGAUGCAGAGGUGUGUAACGUGAAUCAGCAGAACAAGGCCGGCUACACGCCCAUCAUGCUGGCCGCACUCGCCGCUGUGGAAAGUCCAGAGGACAUGAGGGUUGUGGAGCAGCUCUUCGCAAAAGGAGACGUCAAUGCAAAGGCUAGCCAGGCCGGUCAGACAGCCCUUAUGCUGGCUGUGAGCCACGGCCGGAUGGACAUGGUGCAGGCGCUCCUGGCGCAGGGGGUGGAGGUCAAUCUACAGGACGACGAGGGCUCCACGGCGCUGAUGUGCGCGAGCGAGCACGGCCACGCCGACAUCGUGAGACUCCUGCUGGCACAGCCGGAGUGCGAUGCCACCCUGACUGACAGUGAUGAAAGCACUGCCCUGUCCAUCGCGCUGGAGGCGGGACAUAACGACAUUGCAGUGCUCCUUUAUGCACAUGCCAACUUCUCCAAAGGACAGACGGGGGCGGCUGCUCGUCACGUUGGCAAGUCUCUCUCCUCCUCUGGUGGCAGAAAUAUCCUGGAGUGAGGUGAUGCCCCAAAGCCUGAAGGGAUGCUUCACGAAUAUUAUCUGUGAGGUCAUGCAGUAUCAGAGCCCCCAUAACAAAGGGAUUGUUCUCACCGGUUGAGAGAACGCUCUUUACUUUCCAGUGACGAUGAUGCAUUCCAGUGUCACAUGUGCAUAUCAUUGCACAGUGUGUGUUAUAUAGCAGGUAAUAUAUGCAUGGAAGAGUAUAUUACUAUCGUAUGUAUCCUGCAGUCAUCUAUUAUGGACUGUACUAUCAUUGCAAAGUUUCGUGAUCUACUAUCUUUAAUUCUCUUUGUUUGUACAUUAUAUUUAUAGCAGCAAUAUUUUAUAAUUGCAAAAGAAGGACAAGAUACAAAAAAGGCCAAUAUCGCAUCAAAAGGCAAAUAUGUAAAUUAAUAAAAAAUAGAUCCCAAAUAGCUAAAAAUUCUUAAACUCUUAAAACUAGGUGAACUUUGUACAUCCAUAUUUUUAUUGUAAUGUGAAAAAAAGAUUUAUUUGUAUUUACAAGUUGAUUCAGCAUCUGUUCUGCCUUACUAGAAGAAUCAUGAUGGUUUAUGUUGUCGUCAAAGCUUCAUGCAAUUCCCUGCAGCUGCAGCACCUCUGUGUCUAAGAUUCACGGGAGAUGAUGUUGUGGAUGAUGUGCUGUAAAGGAAUAUUUCAACACUUCUGGGAAAUACACGUCUUUGCUUUCUUGCUGAGAGUUAAACCUCGUAAUGGUUCAUCAAACAAAUUAGACAUAAUGAGUUAAUUAGCUUUAGAGGUGGUGGCCAGCAGGUUUCGUUUUUACCUCUGGUGAGAGCCUGGCUAACCGUUUCCCACUGUUUUCAGUCUUUAUGCUAAGCUAAGCUAACCGGCUGCUGGAUGUAGCGUAAUGUUUAAAGAACAGAUUCAAUCAACCUCGAAGCAAGAAAGCAAAAAAGCUCAUUUUAGUUUGCAAAGUGUCAAACUACUCCUUUAAGUGGUGUUUUGUCUUCUGUGAAUAAAGUGGC